UUAUUGCCUAAAAUAGUCCCUCCUUCCACGGGACUGUUUCCCAAAACAGCUCAUUAUUUGGACAAAGCAAGAUAAAUAAGACCGAGUUUUGGGGAUGGUACUUUCAGUUCCUUUGUUUUCGUUAGCCCAUCUUAUAUCCCUAGUUAUUUUCUUCAGAGACCAUUAGGUUAACUUCCAUCAGUUUUGUCCCAAAUACCAAUUGGCGUUUCUGCUACUGUAUAGCUAUGUAUAUGCAUAGCGUGUGUUCUACUGCGAAACUUAAAUUCCAUAUAACGUAUCUGAAAUGAAUAAUUGUUGAGAGAGCGAUGUAAGGGUUUUUCAUCGAUCUCUUCAUUUCUUCGAAUAAUGUUUAACAAAAGUUACUGAUCGCAAAAAAAUUGAGCAAUUGCCUUCGAAUCUGACACUAAGGUGAAAAAUGGUUAACCAGGGCCGAUUGUUAUUUUCUUUGGAUUGGAUGGGAUCGUCUUAUUACAAUUCUGAAAUUGGCCAUGCCAAGACCGAAUCACAUUUGAAUUGGUCUGUAUAGGUAGUGUGAACAGUUACGUUUUUUCCAAAGACUUCCCCCCGAUUUUGUGAAAUCUUCCAAAUCAAUGGCUACCUUCUCGGGGGAACUUGAACCCAGGACAGACUUUGGUCGACCCCUCCGACCAAAAACUUUUACCUUCAGUAAACACGUAUUUCCUUCAAUGUGGUUUAUAGUAGUGUCUAUUUGCAAAAAGCACGGCCUAUAAGGCAUGACAGCAAAACUUAAUACUAAAUUACUAACAGAAUCGCAGUCUUGGGGACAGAUCCAUCAUUAGAAACCCUAGAAAAAUUAACCUGAAGGGCACACAAAUUAAAUUACAAGCCAUAAAAGACACUCAAAAUAAGGAAAUCAUUUAAAAAAGUCGGUAAACGUUUCAAUUGACCUGGUUAAACGAAAAUGUCUUUUUCGAGUCUAUUGUUUAUUACUGUUUUGGCUGUGUUGCCCGUGGCAGCCCUGAAAUAGUUUUGCGAUGUUACAGAAUACUAAAACGAGGCAGAAACAGAAUGUUGACCCAGUUGCCAUGGAAAAUGCCAAAACUGAACGAUGAAAACGUUGAAAACUAAACAAUAGUGCUGAGGUUUUAAUCGUGAAGAUAGCAGACAAAGUCCAGUUUUGAAAGAGAGUAUGCGAUGAAGAGAAGGCCAAGAUUUGUUAGUAAACUGACGAACAGAAUUCAAAAGAUUGCAAGCAACAAUAAGAGCAAAAGUGGACCACAUAUCAACUAUUUGCCAAGUGAGCUGUUGCUGAAAAUAUUUGAGUACCUAAGCCCAUCUGACAUUUUGAGAUGUGCACGGACAUGCAAACUCUGGCUUGAAGAAUGCAAUCAAAAUGAUUUGUGGAGACAGCAGUUCCGAAAACUUCCAGGAAAAGUUCAGAAAUUCUCUUUAGAAGCGAAGAAGCCAACAGAAAAUAUUAACUGGAAAAGGGAAACAAUAACAUGCCUAAAAAAGUCAAGGAAAAAGCACGUCUCUAUGCUUAUGAAAAAGAAGAGCCGUUACUCCGGGUUGCCUGAGAAAACGACUGAAACAAUAAGGUACCUUGAUGUACAAUGGGCAGCCGUUAUAACCGAUACAGAAGGAAAUGAUUAUACGCUUCUCUCGAAGGAGGCAACGUAUUAUACAACCUCGCUUUCAGUGUGCUGGAACGAUAUCGAUCUGCCACCUGUUGGGAGGCUUGCCUCUUGUCGCAUUUUUGCCCAGUGUCCUGUUUUUCAAAAUUCAAUCGAUGCAGCACAAAAAGAUAGUGCCUUUACAAGAUCUUUAAUGGCAGAGGUUUCGCUCAAAGGUAGUGCUUUCGACCAGACGCAUCUUCUUGGCAAAGACUAUCAUGUUUCGAGUUACGCUCCACUCACUGAUUUAGUUUUUGGAUUGUGGCAUGAUGAUAUCACGCAACAUCGCAACAUCGCAUUUAUUACUCUCAAUCGCCAUUUCCUGAAUAUCAUCGACAAUUUACUGAACGGAACAUCUGCAAGGAUGUACGCAAUCCCACAACAUGAACCCAUCCUUGACGAUCUUGAUGGAAAAUAUGGACUUCAGAGAUAUUCAGCAUUGAUUGAGCUCCGAACAAGUCGAAAGCUUCUUUGGAAUCACAAAGUAAUGGAAUUCUUAAAAGGCCAUGUCGAAGAUGGAUACCUAAUAAUGACGGAUGAACGAGCUGCAUAUCAGAGUUGUUUUGACAUUCACAAACCUUUAAGCUUACCAUGGAAAGCGGGAGCCAUCAAAGGAGUCAUCCAGAAUCUUGCAGUUUUGGAUUUUUCAUUAAUUGAUAGCAAUGGUGAAUUUAUUUGGCACACAAGCAAACCUAUUAGAGCAACUCCAGAUCAUACAAUUGAAGUUAAUUUCGAAAGCGAAACCAGUGAAAAUUUUCAAAUGGUUUUAAAUGAUGAAGAAAAGGGAACAACGACACUUAGCAUUGCAGUGGAUCCAGAAACUGAGUGCUGUGCAGUGAGAAGAAUUGAGAUAAGAUUGAAAACAAGCUACAUCAAUGUUUGGUUUGGAACAUCAUACUAAAUGUUUUUUGAUUGUAGAUGAAGAAGCAGAUGUCUUAUGUAUUUAAAGAAACAUUGUAAGUGGUAAAAUUAAGCUUCGACUUUAAUUCUUGGAUUUUGAUUGGAGCGAUUAUGCAGUGAAUGACCCCACUGUUUUUAACUAAGAAAUUUUCAAUCAUAUCGCUGACUGAAAUUGCUAAUUUCUCGCAUACUUGAAAUAUGAAUCACUGGGCUAAGUCAGUUAGCCAGGUUUUAAGAUGUGCUACUCAAGGAAACAGAAAAUUCAACCGUUUGUCACAGUCAAAUGAUAUUUCUAGUCGCCUUCCCGUGUGACUUUAGGAAAAGGUCAAGAAACUCUUCUAGAAAAAAUACCGUAGCCAAUUAUUAUAAAAUGUGUUUGCAUUUUCCUGUUUCCUACUGCUGGUUUUUUUUUUCAAAAAUUUAAACUUGACGAGCAAAGGUUUGAUCAUAGAAUGCUCCUUUCAAGAAAAAUCAAAGUUUCUUUAAAUUAUUGAAAGUUUUAGUUAUAAACUAUUGGCCUGAGCAAACGUAUUUAUGUAGAGAUAUACCGUAUUUCCUCUAAAGAACGCCGCGGUGUUAAUUACAAAAUCAAAAUUGUGGAUGCGGCGUUUAUAGAGGGUGGUGUUUAUCAGCGAGAGUGUUUAAUACAAAAUGAAAAAUUUAUCAAAUGAAUAAUGCCAAGAGAAGUGUAAAGAAAAAAGAUACAAAUGAAUUUUAAACAAUGUUUUCUUUUCCAAAACCCAUACAAUUGUGUAGAGAAAUUUUUAAAGUUUCUAAAAGAUGUGUU